GCAAAAUCUUGCCCUGCGCUUUUUGUCCUAAUGUGAUGAUUUAAAUAUUUAGUUGUUUAUUGUCGUACAGUGGUGGUCGUGAGCGGGGUCCAAUUUUAUUUCAGGUACUAAAACGGUAAUUAAGUGCUUUCUACACAAUUCACAGACGUUCCGAGGUGAGCACUUCUCCUCAGUCAACUCAACAAACAAGCAACACUUGGAUUAUACAUGUAUGACAAUACAUUUUUUAAUGAUCAGCAAACGCAGAAAUAGGCACAAAUGAUAUAAGAAAAGGGGAAAAUUUUGGUAAUUAUCGGUCAAAUUAGCCUGCAAACCUGCUCCACUCACCGUACUCAUGCAGUUUUGGGGUUCAUACACGAUUCUUCAAGUUAAAAAUAGCAACGUCAGUUUAAUUUUCUUCGACACCACUAAAUGGUCAAUUUUCCUUCAUCUAUUUGAUUGGUUGGAUAAAUUGCUAAAUUAGUGGGUUAGACAUAACAACAUCGUUCUACCUUCACCCCAUUUCUCCAACUGUAUUUUGUUGCAAGGAUAUAAACCAACAUCCAUUCAUUGAAAUUGUGAAGACCACAACAAAAUAAAUUCUAACCAAAUUUUAAUAAAUUCAGAGUAAAUUAUUACAACUGGUAAUCCAUACGUUUUGAGUGACUCUUACUCGGAAUCAUAUCCUACAAUAAGAGAACUAAUGGCAAAUUCAAAAAAAGACUUGACAAUUGAGCAGAUCUGCGAGUUGAUGCCAAAAGUGGAACUACAUGCUCAUCUUAAUGGGUCAAUUAGUGAUUCCAUUAUUCGAAAGUUAAAACUACAAAAUAGUUUAUCGACACCUUGCGACUCCACCGAUAACAACAGGCAUGAUGACGACUGUAUUCCCACAGAAAAAAGGCUCAAAAAGACGGAUCGUACUGGCGAAGACGAGGAGGAUGAUUCACAUUCUACAAAUAACAUAAAAUCUUCCCUCAUGCCGAAGGUUCGGUUGGAAUUGGAUGGGAAGCCAAGCUUGUCCGAAUGCUGGAAAGCUUUCGCUAAAAUUCAUCAAGUUAUUCAAACUCCGGAAAUUCUAUUCCAAGCAACAUGUGAAGUAAUACACAAUUUCGUGAAGGAUAACGUUAUCUACCUAGAAUUGCGGACAACACCGAAAAAAAUUCAUGACAUUCCUUCGAAACAGAUUUAUAUUGAGACAGUUAUCAAGGCUAUUAAGCAUUGUGUUGAAGAAGAUAAACUUCCAAUUAUUGUUAAGCUGCUCAUUUCCAUCGACCGCGGAAAUUCUGCUCGAAAUUAUUUGGAGAAUGUCUGCUUGGCACAAUUGUACAUGAAUUUGGAGCCUGAAAUUGUAGUUGGAUUGGACCUUUGUGGAAAUCCAAAUACAGGAGAUACAAAGUCAAUUUUGUUUGCACUCAAUUUUUCUAAAAAGAUGGGCCAACGUGUUAGUGUUCACCUUCCAGAAGUCAUAAAUGAGAAUGAGACCAAACUAUUUCUGGAACACGGGGCCAAUCGUGUCGCGCACGGGCAGUAUCUACACCCUUCUACUGGUGGGACUGAAGAAUUAUGGAAAAUUCUGAAAGACAGUGGCAUUUGUAUGGAGGCCUGCAUAACCUCGAACCUAAUCAGUGGGGUUAGUCCAACGUUAGAACAACAUUAUGUUAAACUGCUUCAUGAUGAUAAUAUUCCAUUCACUAUUUGCACGGAUGAUUGUGGUGUCUUCAACUCAAACUUAAGCCAGGAAUACAAAAAAUUUGUUCAACUGGUCCCAAAUUUAUCCAAGCAUGAGUUAAAAAUGCUUUGUAUUCGUUCGACUACUUAUAUUUUUGGCGAUACUGUACUACAAGCAAAUUUAGCCCAACAAAUAAACACUUGGUGGGACCAUAAUGUAGGUGCAUGACAGAUUGAUUAAUUAUAAUCAACAAUUGAUCCACUAAAUAAAAAAGUUGAAACAAUAA